AUGAUUACCCAGCAGGACGACGACGCAAGACCAUCGCAGGAGAGGCCAGACGAUGUAGCGCGUUACGAAACCAUCGACCAUUCGACGCAGAUGCCUCCACUUCAGCCUUCUCCAGGAGAGAGCCACCGCAGGGUACGACUGACACAGGUUCUACCACGUUCGCUAAUCAGCAGACGUCGCACCGUCCAACGAUUCAGCUGGGAGCGCGCGUUCGACGUCACAAUCCACAACGAUACCACCAUCAGCUUCACGUAUAAGUUCUUCUAUCUACAAGGGCUGCUUAAGGGCGAAGCACAGAUUGUACUCCAGGAUCUUGACCCUGAUGAGUGCAAUUACUAUGAGCUAGUAAAGGCACUCAAGAAGCGUUAUGAUCGGCCGCAUAAGACCCGUGCGAUGCUGCACAGGCAGCUACAACAACCACCGCAAGCAGGCCAGUCAGGAGCAGAUCUUCGCAACACUUGGUUUCGCGUCUCGGGUAUUCUCCGUGGUCUUCGCAAACACGAAGACUUUCGCACUCUCCUUCCGAUACUCGACUUGGCUCUUAGUAAAUUUCCCUCCGACGUCCAACAGAAGCUUCACGACGUCGAAUUCCAGUCUGGGACGGACUUCGACCUCCAUCAGAUCAUGCACCAUCUUGAUCACAUCAUCGCUUCAAGGGAAAAGUAUGACACCACUACGCUGAAAGAUAGUUAUUCCAUCCAUAGCUCUUAUCGUAGUCGCGAAAGAACAGGAUCACGCUUGCAAUCCCCAGUUUACCAUCAGCCAAGUUGCGCCUUUUGUGGGUCACGUCCUCAUAAAACACGCCCAUGUACUUCACCUGUGCCAGUAGAAACUCGCAUCAACAUCGCGAGGUCGUCUCGUCUUUGCUGGAGAUGUUUGAGCCAAGGUCAUUCUCGUCGCCAUUGUCGCCAUCCACCGUGCAGACGUUGCUUAGGCGAUCAUUCCGAGCUUCUGUGUAUAUAUCGUCCACGAAAAGAACGAAGACGAUACAGUCCAAGUCGGCAUGGCCCUCACAGGUCGCGCAGAUACGACUACGAUCGUAAUAGGCGGAACUACCGCUCAUCGUCGUGGGACAGAUAUCCGUCUAGAAGCCCAUCUUAUGGCAGACGCAGAAGCAGGAGUUAUUCCAACAGUGGACGCUCAAGGUCUGCAUCGUGGGAUGAUCAUCGUCGAGACCGUAGAUCACGGGCUUACUCCCCAGCAAGGCGCUAUAGUCUUUCACCUGACCGGGUCACUUUCCGUUCGUCACUUAGAGACCGCCAUUACUAUGGCCCUGUAAGGGAUACGCAGGCAGGUCUGCGUGCAGGUUCUCCACAUCCCAAUGCCUACCGACAUCAGGCUCAAGAUUCAGACGACGAGUUAGAGCAACUUAUGCAGUGUCUUCAUUCGCGUAACACCAAGCGCGCCGCAGCUCCAUCAGCCUUAAUGCUGGUUGAUGCUAAAGCAUACAGCCGCAAAAAUGUGACACUUGAGAAAGUUGUUUUACUCUUAGAUUCAGGAGCUCAAAAUAGCUUCAUUACCACCAGUAACGCGCAACAUCUAGGUCUAUUUACAUAUAUAUAUAUAUAUAUAUAUAUAUAUAUAUAUAUAUAUAAUGAGAAAGAACGCACAUUCUUUUCCUUUGGAGGUCUCGAGACCACAGGUAUAGCAGACGUUGACUUAAUCGAUAUAUCUGGUCGCAUAUUCACGCUUCAUGUAACAACUAAAGAUACUAUCACGCUACCGCAAAAUCUUCCAAAAUUUUCAAGCAAAGAUAUCGAGUUUAUCAGAGGACGUCACUUGCGUAUUCCUCUCAACAUGGACGCACCGCAUCCGGUAUUGCCGGACAUACUCGUGGGAAUCGACAAUUAUUGGGAUGUUCUGUGUCAGGAACCCCCGUUAGGUCUACCCUCGGGCAUGGUUCUGACACAUACCAGCUCCGGCACAGUCGUGUCAGGCAAUUCGGUUUUUCAUUUGGGAUACCGCAAAGCCCAGACACCGACGAAUUCCAUACAACAUUCGACGCGGACGAGGAAGACGCACAACGCCUUUGGUAACUCGAAUCUUUAG